AUGAACACAUUUUACUUCUACUCCUUUCUUAUGAAUCAUGCAAAACCAGACCGUUGUCACUGAAUUCAUACUCCUGGGACUUUCACAAAACCCAAAAGUUGAGAAGAUCUUAUUUGUUAUAUUUUUAUUGCUCUAUCUUGCAACAAUUGGGGGCAACAUGACAAUUGUGGUGACCAUUGUUUGGAGCCCUGCAUUGCUGGGUUCUCCCAUGUACUUCUUCCUGGCAUUCUUGUCCUUACUGGAUGCAUGUGUCUCCUCUAUUGUCACACCCAAGAUGAUUAUAGAUUUAUUCUAUAAGAGGAAGACCAUCUCCUUUGAAUGUUGCAUGACACAAGUGUUUUCUGUCCACUUCUUCAGUGCUGUGGAGGUGAUCAUUUUGGCAGCUAUGGCUUAUGACCGCUAUGUGGCCAUUUGUAAGCCAUUGCACUACUCUUCCAUUAUGAAUAGGAGGGUCUGUGGCAUCCUGGUGGGGGUAGCCUGGGCAGGGGGAUUUUUGCAUUCAAUCAUACAAAUUAUAUUCACUUUGCAUUUGCCUUUCUGUGGCCCUAAUUUUAUUGAUCAUUUUAUAUGUGACUUGUUCCCAUUGCUGAAGCUUGCUUGCAUCGACACACAUAUAUUUGUAAUUUUGGUGUUUGCUAACAGUGGGUCUAUCUGCAUCAUUAUCUUUUCCUUUUUGCUUGUUUCCUAUGGUGUAAUAUUGUUCUCUCUGAGAACCCAUAGUUCUGAAGGGAGACGUAAAGCUCUCUCUACCUGUGGGUCCCACAUUACUGUCGUAGUUUUGUUCUUUGUACCAUGCAUAUUAAUAUAUGCACGACCUACAUCUCCAUUCUCUUUGGAGAAAAAUGUAUUUAUAUUUGCGGAUGUCUUGACACCAUUACUCAAUCCUAUGGUUUACACUUUCAGGAACAAGGAAAUGAAGAAUGCCAUUAAGAAAAUGUGGAGAACUUUAUUAGUGGUUCCUGACACAUAUCAAAAUAAUUAA